AAGAGUUAAGCUUUGACCAUGGUCGCUUCGCUUCUUACUUCUUUUAGGGUUUAAGCCUCUCCCGUUUGAUGUUUGAAAAACUUGUUUCCUUUCGAAUCGUCUGAAGAAUCCCAUGUCCAUGAAUGGUCAAAGAAGCUCUUCAAUUUCUCUCUCGGCUGAGAAAAUCCUCGAAUCUCCCAGACCCAGUCACUUGUAACAAGCAUAUUCAUCAGCUAAUCAAUUCCAAUUGCGGCGCUCUCUCUCUCAAAUUCUUAGCUUACUUAGUCUCCAGAGGUUACGCUCCUCAUCGUUCUUCAUUCAAUUCGGUCGUAUCUUUUGUUUGUAAAUUAGGGCAAGUUAAAUUCGCUGUAGAUAUCGUCCACUCGAUGCCUAGAUUCGGGUGUGAACCAGAUGUUAUAUCUUAUAACUCUCUCAUUGAUGGGCAUUGUAGAAAUGGCGAUAUUAGAAGUGCUUGUUUGGUUUUAGAGAGUUUAAGAGCCUCUUAUGGGUUUACCUGCAAGCCUGACAUAGUUAGUUUUAAUACUUUGUUUAAUGGGUUUAGCAAGAUGAAGAUGUUAGAUGAGGUUUUUGUGUAUAUGGGUGUUAUGUUGAAGUGUUGUUCGCCGAAUGUUGUUACUUAUAGUACUUGGAUCGACAUGUUCUGCAAAUCCGGGGAGUUGAAGUUGGCGUUGAAGAGUUUUAACUGUAUGAAGAGAGAUGCUUUAUUUCCAAAUGUGGUUACUUUCACUUGUUUGAUUGAUGGGUACUGUAAAGCCGGGGACUUGGAGGUUGUGGUUUCGUUAUACGAGGAAAUGAGGCGCGUUCGGAUGUCUUUGAAUGUUGUCACUUAUACUGCUUUGAUAGAUGGUUUCUGCAAGAAAGGGGAAAUGCAGAGAGCUGGGGGAAUGUAUUUGCGGAUGCUCGAGGAUAGAGUUGAGCCAAAUUCUCUUGUAUACACAACAAUUAUCAAUGGGUUUUUUCAGAGAGGAGAUUCUGAUAAUGCCAUGAAGUUUCUGGCCAAAAUGCUCAAUCAAGGGAUGAGACUUGAUAUAACAGCUUACGGCGUAAUCAUAUCAGGCCUUUGCGGUAUUGGUAAACUAAAGGAGGCAACAGAGAUUGUAGAAGAUAUGGAGAAAGGUGAUUUAGUUCCUGACAUGAUGAUUUUUACUACAAUGAUGAAUGCAUAUUUUAAAUCCGGGCGCAUGAAGGCUGCAGUUAACAUGUACCACAAAUUAAUUGAGAGAGGCUUUGAGCCAGAUGUUGUAGCUCUUUCGACUAUGAUCGAUGGGAUUGCGAAGAAUGGACAACUACAUGAAGCUAUAUCUUAUUUCUGUACAGAGAAAGCUAAUGAUGUUAUGUACACCGUGCUUAUUGAUGCUUUGUGCAAAGAAGAAGACUUUAUAGAAGUUGAGAGAUUGUUUAGCAAAAUUUCAGAGGCUGGACUUGUUCCAGAUAAGUUCAUGUACACUUCUUGGAUAGCUGGUUUGUGUAAGCAAGGGAAUUUGGUGGAUGCGUUUAAGUUAAAAACCAAAAUGGUUCAAGAGGGCCUUGAGCUGGAUUUGUUUGCGUACACAACAUUGAUUUAUGGGUUAACUAGCAAGGGUUUGAUGGUUGAGGCUAGACAAGUUUUCGAUGAAAUGUUGAGAAGCGGAGUAUGUCCUGAUUCGGCUGUUUUUGAUCUAUUGAUUAGAGCAUAUGAAAAGGAGGGAAACAUGACCACUGCUUCGGAUUUGCUUCUCGAUAUGCAAACAAGAGGGCUUGCAAGAGCAGUAAGUGAUGCGGAUUGCAGCAAACAAUGUGACAAUGAAGUGAGCUGUUCUUGAACUUACUCAUGAUUUGAGCUAUGAGCAUCAGGAGCUGUUGUAUUCUCAAAUAUGGGCAAAUAUAGUAAAGUGCAUUUGUAAAGUGUGAUCUUUUACAUUUAAAAAUGGAUGCUUUUAAC